AUAUUGUUAUUUGUUAACCACCUUCACUUUAUGUUUGAAAAUAAUGAUGAAAUAAUUKAUUUGAUUAUUUAAUCUUGAAAUGCUUAGAUAAUAGCUUACAACUCUCAACUUCUAACGGCUUUCUAAUCAGCUUGUGAUGAAUACGAUCAUUGGUUCGUAAAUCGUAAUAUAAAACAUUAUUAUAAUGAAAUAUAUUAUUGUGUAAUUAACUGAAACAUAAAGAUAAUAAUAUACCAUUAAUAAGAAUUCUUGUUAAUUAUAAUUUUUAUAAUCAGAGUAAUCACACCGAUAUUCAUCAGAUCACUGCAUCACCGCAAAGAAUUAAAUAGGUCAUCUUUUCGAAGUAAAAACAUUUUUUUUUAGUCUUGAGUUUUAUUUCAGUGUUCAGUCAUUAAUCUCCAAUAACCUAACCAAUAUCAGGUACCUUUAUAUAUUAAUAUGGCCGAAAAAGGAAAAAUUGGAAUCAUUGGAAGUGGUCUAAUAGGCCAAAGUUGGGCUAUGUUAUUUGCAAGUGCUCGUUACAAUGUAACCAUCUAUGACAUUAACUUAGAGUUAGUGAAUACAGCUUGUGAGAAAAUUAAAUCAGAAUUAAAAACAAUGGAAAAAAAUGGAAUUCUAAGGGGCAAUAUUACUGCUGAACAGCAAAUUGAACUUAUUAAAGGUGUCGUUAAAUUGGAAGAAGUUGUAGAAGGAACAAUUCUUAUUCAAGAAUGUAUACCAGAAGUAUUAUCUUUGAAGCAACAGUUGUAUGACCAAAUUGAUAAAAUUGUUGGCUCUCAAACUAUUAUUUCCAGUUCAACUUCUACAUUCUUACCAUCAGUUCUUUCUGAAAAAAUGGAACAUCGUAAUCAAUUAAUUGUUUCACAUCCGGUUAACCCACCAUAUUUUGUGCCACUCGUAGAAAUUGUACCUUCGGAAUGGACUGAAGAUUGGGUUAUUAAGAAAACAAGGGCAAUUAUGGAAGAAAUCAAACAGUCCCCUGUAACUCUCGCUAAAGAAGUACCUGGAUUCGCUUUGAACCGCAUUCAGUAUGCUAUAUUGAAUGAAUGUUGGCAUCUUGUAAAUGAUGGAGUACUUAAUGUGAAAGAUGUUGACACAGUCAUGUCUGAAGGUCUCGGCAUGCGUUAUGCAUUUCUUGGUCCAUUAGAAACUGCUCAUUUAAAUGCUGAAGGUUUUGUGAACUAUACAGAGCGUUAUUCUAACUCUAUGUAUGGUGUAUGCCAACAUUUCAAGCCAUCACCUAAGUUUGAAGGACCAUUAGUAAAAGAAAUUGGAGAUCAAUUAAAUACCCAAACUCCAUUGGAAGACCUCCCAAAACGUAGAUUAUGGAGAGAUCAAUCUUUGAUCAAAUUGUCACAACUUAAAAAGUAUAAUAAUUAUUAAAAUACAGUGAAAACUCUUUAUAACGAAACUCGUUAUAACGAAAAACUCUAUA